AUGGCCGAAGCCCCCGUCACCCGCCAGCCCAGCGCCAUUUCCCGGCCCGUGAGCGAAGGACUGCUCAACGAGAAGUGGGAUCGCUGCCUUUCCAACCUCAUCGUCAAGUCCGGCCUCGGUCUUGGAUUCGGCGUCGUCUUCUCCGUCCUAUUAUUCAAGCGAAGGGCAUGGCCCGCAGUCAUCGGCGUCGGCUUCGGUGCCGGCCGCGCAUACGAGGAGUGCAACUUCAGCCUGAAGCAGGCGGCCAGGGAUCUUAAGAAGGGGUCGGAAUAA